AUGGUACCGCUGAGGGGCACUGGGGAGGUGUGUGAGGAGCAGGAUGGGGACCGGGCGGCGGGGCCGGCGCUUCGAUGCUUCACCUGGGAGGAGAUCGGGCAGCACACGGGGCGGGGGUCUCCAGAGCGCUGGCUGGUGAUUGAGAGGAAGGUGUACGACAUCAGCCACUUCUACCGGAGGCACCCGGGAGGGGCCCGACUCAUCGGUAGCCACGCCGGGCAGGACGCCACGGAUGCCUUUGUAGCAUUCCAUGUUGACAAGGUGCUGGUGAGCAGGUAUUUGAAGUCACUGCAGAUCGGGGAGCUGGCACCAGAUCAACCCAGUAUUGAGCCCACUAAAAAUAAAAUGCUGGUGAAAGACUUUCGUGAAUUGCGUGCUACUGUUGAGAAAAUGGGACUUCUGAAGCCAAAUAAACUCUUCUUCUUCAUCCUCCUCGUUCACAUCCUCCUGUUGGAUACUGCUGCUUGGCUCAUUCUCUACUGCUUUGGGACAUCCUUAGUGCCCUUUAUUGCCUCUCUGGUGGUGCUGACCAUUUCACAGGUCCAGGCUUCAUGGUUACAACAUGAUUUAGGACAUCUUUCAGUAUUCAGGAAGACCAAGUGGAACCACUUGCUGCAUAAGUUUGUAAUGUGCCAUUUGAUUGGAGCAUCAGCUAAAUGGUGGACUCUUCUGCACUCCCAGCACCAUGCCAAACCCAAUUGCUUCCGGAAAGAUCCUGAUAUUGAUAUGCACCCUUUCUUGUUUACUUUGGGGAAGAAAUUCUCUGUAGAGCUUGGGAUCAAAAAGAAAAAAUACAUGCCAUACAAUCACCAACACAAAUACUUCUUCAUCACUCUUCCUCCGCUCCUGUUUCCCACCUACUUCCACUGCCACACAUUUUAUAUUGCAUACACAAAAAGGUAUUGGGUGGACUUGGCCUGGAUGCUGACCUUCUAUAUCAGAUUCUUUCUUACUUAUGGAUCAUUAUUAGAAAUAAAGAGUCUCCUGGCAUAUUACUUUAUAUUCAGGAUGCUGGAGAGCAGCUGGUUUGUCUGGGUUUCACAGAUGAACCAUAUCCCUAUGGAUAUUUACUAUGACAAAAAUUUGGACUGGGUGUCUACUCAGCUCCAGGCAACAUGCAAUGUUGAGCAGUCUCUGUUUAAUGACUGGUUUACUGGGCAUCUGAACUUCCAGAUUGAACACCACCUAUUCCCCACAAUGCCAAGACACAACUACUGGAAGGUGGCUCCUCUGGUGAAGUCCUUGUGUGCCAAACACGGCAUUGAGUACCAAUGUAAGCCGUUGCUCACGGCUUUUGCAGACAUAGUGCACUCUCUGAAGAACUCAGGAGAGCUCUGGCUUGAUGCCUACCUACACAAAUAA